AUGAGUACUAAUACGAAUGGUUUUCAACCGCCUUCAACAUCGAUGGUGUACAAUGGAAAAAAUGAGAUUUCGAAACGUCUACCAAGCACAAGUAGUACAAGCAGUACCAGCAGUAAUAGUACAAUAGCAACAAAUAAACGUCUAAAAGCAAAAUUAGUUGUAUCAAGUGUUAAUGAGACACGACCAAUGAAAAAAGAAAAACCUAAAAAGCAAACACCAACAAAUGAAUCAUCAAAAAGACGUCCCAUUCAAAAUGAUCCAAAUAAUAAUUCAACGAAAAAAAUUAAACAACCACAACAUUCGCGACAUUUACUUGCACAUCCUAUUUUACAUCAUCAUCAUCAUGAGAAAAAAUCUCAAUUGGAAAACAUUCCAACAUCAGCCAUUAAAAACGAACAUCAUGUUAUCAAUAAUGAUCAUUGUGAUUCAUGCGGAGAAUUAUACGGUGAAAUGAUAUCAUGUGAUAAAUGCCCAGCAACAUUUCAUCUUCUUUGUGCUAAUCCGCCAUUAUCAAGAGAAAAUGUUCCAAAAGGAUCUUAUUUUUAUCUGCCACAACAACAAUCAACUUUGGGACAAAUUAAAUUACCAACAGCAUCCAAUGGUCGAUCAUUAAUACAGCCAUCUGGUGAAAUAAAAUUUCGUGCAACAAAUAAUACAACUAAAAUCAAGUCAUCAAUGAAUCUCAAACGUAAACGUGAUGAUUCCUCGAGUUCUUCACCAUCAAAUACUCUGCAAUCUGUAAAAAUUCCCACAACACAAAUUGAAUCGCUACGCCGCUUACUACUUUCAUGUCGACCAGAAGAAUUUCGCGGUCCAUCAUUACCGUUUGAGGAUCAAAACUAUAAUCGUGAUACCUAUUUUCAAAAAAAUACUUUAUCAUGGCAAAAAUUUUGUUUUAUUUGUCGAAAAUGUUCGGCAAAUCAUAUUCCAUCAAUUCAUUGUGAUUAUUGUCCAUUAACGUAUCACCUAGAUUGUUUAACACCACCAAUGACAUCAUUACCAUCGUCAAUGGAUAAAUGGAUGUGUCCAAAUCAUAUCGAACCAAUAUUAGAUCGAUAUUUAUUAAAGAAAAAUAUUUAUUCUACUAGUGAACGUGUAAAAAUUUAUCGACAAUAUUCACAAAUCGAACAUAAUACAAUCAUACAAGAAUUUACACGUAUGAGACAAACAAAAAAACAUUUAUUAUCAAAAACAGUAGAUAAUAAUAAAUUGGGAUCCAUCGAUAUAAGUCAAAUACCUAAAGUUAUUGAACAAUAUUAUUCAAAUGCAAAUAAAAAAUUCACACAUGCCGAUGAAAACUUUAUGGAUGAUACUAAAGACGAGAAAGAAGAAUGCAUACAGGCACCUGUGGUCGUUAAUGAUCGUUCAUCUACAUCAUAUGAGCCAUGUGUAUGGGAUGUAUUACAAGCAAUAAUUAAUGAUAUCAGCGAUGGUCACAUCUAUGAAUUUUCAUCGAUAUCUGAUUCUUCUUUAUUGAAUGGCAAUGAUCAAACAAGUAAAAAAUCACAAGAAACAAUACUCGAUAAAAUAGAUAUACUAUUGAAUGAAUUAAAUGAACCAAAUUAUUCAAUAGAAAACAACAAAAUCAAUAACGAUGGUCUUGCAGUUCUUCUCGCUGUAGCUGAUUCUUGUUUAUCCGAUGAGAAUUCUUCAUUACCAUCGAAACAACUAUCAACUUCAUUAAUGAAUAGUCUCUCGCUUUUAAUAGAUCUUUCACAAUUUCGUUUAUCUCAUGCAGCUCUUAUACAUACACGUUCAAAACAUGUUAUUUAUCUACGUAAACAAGUCAUUUGGUUUGGUUCAUCAAUAUCAAAUGAGAUAUGUUUAAAAACUUUUAAUGAUUAUCAAACAUGCCAAUAUGUUUCUGAAAGACAUGCGUGCUUAUACUAUGAUCGAAAACGUAAUUUAUUUGAAUUGUUAAAUUAUAGUGAAUAUGGCACUAUUGUUAAUGGUCUUCGUUAUGGUCUUGGAAAUUUAUCUGAUACUGAAAGUGAUGAUGAUGAUGAAAAUGAUGAGAAAAUACUUGAGAAUGAUAAUUUACGAAAAUGUUUCUGUUUAACAUCACCAUCGUAUCAUUCAGCAUGGGAUGGACCUGCCCAAAUCGAACAAGGAACAGUAGUUCACAUUGGUUGUCAUGAAUUUCUCUUUUACCGGCAUGUUGUCCGAUAG